AGCACUGGCCUGCUAGGGCAUAUAGUGCAAAAUUACGCUCCGCAUAGCCUAUAUUAUGUGCCUCGUGCAACUGCACGUUAUCGUGCAUAUUGACAGUUCUGCUGCUGCUUCAUCUGCUAGUGCUUGAUACUUUUUUGGCUAUUGCCAUGUUGUGUUCGUUGUCGUAGACGCGCGCCUGUAUACGUGGGUGCGCGUGUACCAUUAUACGUGUGUCUGUGUGUACACAAUAUGAUGUAAACUAUCGCUCGAACCGCGAGUGUCAGUCGGGCGCGCGGCCUGGACGAGCUUCGGAGCUUUCGACUUUCUCCAAAGCGCGAUAUAUAACAAGACAGCUCCCUACACAAAUUGUAUAUAACCCGCAAGCACAACGCGCCGGGCUUUUUUUUCUUUCUCUUUACGUCGAUGUGUGUGUGUGUGUGUUUUUUAUCAUAACGUGCGACGACGAUUCGUGAAUUGGAAGAGCUUGAUACAUCGACCGACUCCUGCCUGCCGCCGCUGUGUGUAUAUAAUAUUUCGUUUUCAGCAUGUAUAUCUGUCGUACCGCUCUUAUUACGUACGGUCCUGUGUGUGCUACUACAGUAGACGACAACCAAGACGACGAUGACGAUCGAGACGACGCGAGGGUUCGACUAUAGAGUCGCGUUUGCGUCAACGCUCGGCCGUCGUCGUUGCCUACUACGUACAGCGUGUAAAGGCGCAAAAAUUUUUCGCUCGUCUUUUUCAAGGUCGAUUCGUCGCGUUUAAUAAAAUAAUUAAUAAAAUUAACAAGCAGUGGACGCGACUGACCGACUGACUUUCGCAGCCACCCCUCCAUAUAGCCCCUCUAGCGAUUGCUCUCGUGCACGCGCACACACCCGCGCGACAACUUGUUGUUGUUUUAUGUAGAAAGCUCGAUGUACAAAGGACGGAAAAGCCCCUCGUGGCUCUACGUCAACGCGCGCCGCUGCAUUCAAUACUCUCGAUUGCCUCGCUUAUAUGCAUACAAACGUGUGUGUGUGUCCGUAAAGGUAGGUGCGCGUCUGUGCUGCUGCGAAAAUCAGUUUCACCUCUCGCGUCCACUGCGUGCUGCUCUCUCGUGCGGCCAAACAAACGUGCGUCGUCGGCACUCGCUGCGAUGAUUAAGCUUCUUCUAUGCGCUGUCUCGAGGCAACUCUGUUAAGCCUUUUUCUAAUGCCUUAUACGUGUGUUUGACACUUUUUUUUUCAUUUUUAUUUAGCAACGAUUUUGCAAACGAACUUUGGAGACACGUACGCAACUCGAGCUUUUUCGAGUAAACAACGUCUCGCCGCGUACAUAAGAUACAUUAUAUACUAAUUUGCCUCGCCCUCGGUGUUUUUGGCCGAUCGAGUUUUUGUCUAUCUUGUGUCAAAGUGACGUAUCCACGGCUCAAGUUCAAUACUUAUUUACCGAUAGGUUCAUUACUGUGAUAUAACACGUCUCGGAAAAGUGACCUCUCGACUGGCGGCGGCGGCGCUUCUCUCUCUCUCUCUCUCUCUCUCUAAGUGCUCCAUGUGUUCUUAGUGAUUAUCGUAUACUACGAACGCAGACACACAUGUUACGCUUAUUUAUUUAUCACUUAGACGAUUAAUUUGCGACUGUGGUGAUGUUGCCAAAUAAUUCACUGGUGAAUUUGAUGAUCGAGCGAUCGAAAAUGAUCCUUCGGCUUGAGCCAGACUCGAAAACACCUACUCUGGAUUCGUGAGGAUCUGAUGAUAAAAGCAACAUUCCAUUGGUACAUCAGUGUUGAUCGAUUGUGCGACGAUUGCGCGACGAUCGAUGAUCAGUGUUGAAUCGACUCUUUAACGACACCAUAAGUUGAAAAGCAAAAAAAAUAGAAGUGGAGCCAAAGGUGAAACGAUUGGGCAGUUCGAGCACGUUGUCUAGCAACGAUUCACCAUAGAUCCGCCAAACUCGAGGAAAGCACAAGUGGCUCCUAAAGAAGCAAGAAUGGGUCGUAAAAAGAUUCAGAUUUCGCGCAUCACCGACGAGCGCAACCGCCAGGUGACGUUCAACAAGAGGAAAUUCGGCGUCAUGAAGAAGGCGUACGAGCUGUCGGUGCUGUGCGACUGCGAGAUCGCCCUCAUCAUUUUCAGCUCGAGCAACAAGCUCUACCAGUACGCGAGCACGGACAUGGACAAGGUCCUGCUCAAGUACACAGAAUACAACGAGCCCCACGAGUCGCUCACCAAUAAAAACAUCAUUGAGGCACUCAACAAGAAAGAGCAUAAAGGCGCAAUGUCCCCCGAGAGUCCGGAGCAGGACGUGCCGGAAUUCAACCUGACACCGAGAACAGAGGCUAAAUAUGCUAAAAUCGACGAGGAUUUUCAAACUCUUAUACGUGCCAAUAAUCAGAAUGGCUCGAGGGUCAUGGGACAAACAAGUUAUACGCUACCGGUUACGGUGCCUGUGAACACCUACGGUGAGCACAUGCUUGGUUCUAGUCCGCAAAUGGCCCACACUAGCAUCUCACCAAGGCCCUCGUCGUCAGAAACCGAUUCAGUUUAUCCCGGCGGAAACAUGCUGGACAUGACCAAUGGUUAUCCAGCCUCGGCCUCGCCAUUGGGAGGCUCUCCCUCGCCGGGUCCGUCGCCCGUGGCGUUAGGCGUACCCGCGGCCCAGAAAGGCACGAGGCACUCGCCCCAGCCGCCUCUGCCGCCAGCCAAUCAUCCGCAUCGAGGAAAUUUGCGAGUCGUCAUUCCAGCACCGAUCAGCCAACAGAUGACCACGGACGAUCCCUCUUACGAUAUGCUCAAAUAUUUUCAGACCGGACACAAUCAGACGCUAAACACGCCGGUAGUGGCGUUGCAAACGCCAUCUGUACCCACAAAUUAUACCGGUUACGGCCAGACUGAAUAUACUAGUGAGUUGAGUAACUUGUCUUGGUCUCAUCAUAGGUACGUUGACGACCUGUCCAUGUAUUCGACCGCGCAAUUAACUGGCUUAGGCCAAAGUCUUCCACAUUUGGGAGUGUCGAGUAACACGCCGCCACCGUCCACUUCGCCAGGUGUUAAAAUCAAGAGUGAACCCAUUAGCCCACCACGCGAUGCUUCGAAUAACUCAGCGGCCCCAAUGCAUCUACCAGGACAUUCAAAUUUAGGUAUACCGUCAUCAACGCAGCAGCCACAAGUGUCGCCGUCGUCCGUGCAUUCUGUUCAUUCGACUCAGCAACAAAUGCCCCCUCAACAGCAGCAACAGCAACAAACGUUAAAUCUCGUAUCGUCUCAGGCCAAUGCUGCCGGUAGUAGGCCAUCGAGUAAUCCCCCUCCGAGCAGUAUGCCGCCCACGCCGACGAAUUUGCCCUCGCCGUCCUCGGUCGUGUCGUCCCAUCAAGCAGCGAGCGUAGUGGUUAGCGACAUGCGCGCGGCCGUUGCAGUCCCAACUGAAUACGAAGCCAAUGGUCCGACCAUCAAAAGACAGAGGAUCACGGAAGGAUGGGCGACAUAAUAUUCCGGUGCAGGAAACGACUUUCGGUGCAUGAAAAAGGAAGAUCUGUCGCGGUCAAUGUCACCAGCCUCGCCGGUAGAAGAGCGACUAAUCGAGUCAUUAUAUCUAUACAACAAGCAGAUAUGAAUGUAAAACAGUCAGUGUGUGCGAUCGCAAGUGUAACACGACUACAGGUCGCAGGAGACUAAGGAUAGAAAAAGUGUGUAUCUCUUUGCUUGUUUUGUGCAUUGAACGAACAAACAACGACGGGCAGCAAAGCAUCUAUCCACGCUUUAUUAGAGACGGACAGUUUAUAAUUGCUCACCUCUGUUUACUUUUCUUCAAAUUGAUGUUUACUCAAUCGUAAAAAAAAAAUUCUGCGCGCAAAAAUGACAUCGUGAGCGCGCUCUUCGUACGUCGGAAAUUUGUAGGAGUGAAAGAAAAAUGUUGAGUAGGUCAAAAAUGACACUAAUGACAUGAGUGCCAUAAAGUUAAACCUUAAAAAGAUAUUCUUAUUAUCUAAAUUUUAAAUCUAAGUUAUGCAGAUAAAAAUAUUAUCCAUAUAUAAAUACAUAGAUAUAUAUAAG